AUGGGACCUCCGCCUCCCGUGUCUCCGGCCCGGAUGGCCUCCCCCGCGGCGCCGCCAUCCUCUCCCCACGGCAUGCUGGGUAAAAACACACACGGGGGGGGGGGGGAGGUUUGGCCGCGAUCUGGGUCCGUUUUGGCAGGAGCCGGGCCGCGGUGGAGUCCUGUCCAAAAGAGCAGUGUUUUCCGGGAGGAAGGGCGGUCCGCAGGGGCCUGGCGUGGGACCGCACAAGUUUGGCACGAAGCCACAACAGCAGGAGGCAAUGGAACACACAAUAUACACACGACACAGGGUUUCUCUCAAUCCCCGCCACAAGGACCAGGGAGUUUACAGAGCGAGGACAGUGUUCACGGAGCGGGAGGAGGCCAAAGGCUGCAGGCGAUGGGGUUCACGUGA